CUGCCGGUCGCGAUGCUCGGCGCGGAGGCUGCUCGCGCUUUCCACGGGGGCGCAGAUGGGAUCCGAGCAGCGCCGCCGCCUUGCCUCCAGCCUCGCCCGGUGGGCCAGCCGCCUGCUGCUGCUACCGCUGCUUCUUCCCUCCGCCGUCGCGUCGCGGCCGGCCGGGCCCAGGAUCGCCUCGCCGGCGCUGGGUGAGAAGAGAUUCCGGUUUGAUCCCAGGGAGGGCCACAUUGUGCUCUACCAUGAACAAGGGGCCCCUUCGGUCUUUGUGGGGACCGUCGGCACGCUUCAUUACUACAACUUUGAGAACUCCACCAGCUUUACGGUGCUUGUUGAAACCAACAGGACGCUGUCCAACUGCAGAAAACAGGAAAAUGCCAAGAACUAUCUCACACUUCUGGAAAAAUAUGAGGACCAGUUGCUGGUCUGUGGCACAAACGCCUGCAGCCCCACCUGCUGGUAUUUGGUAGAUGGGAAGGUGGAGCCAGGGAUCAGUGCCCAGGGCCUGGCUCCUUUUGCCCUUGAUCAAAACGCUCUUGUCCUCAUCGAUGGCAAGGACAUCUACUCUACCAUCAGAAAGCACCAGUACAAUGGGCGGACACCUCGCUUCCGUCGGAUUCGAGGAUAUACGGAGCUCUAUACCAGCGACACCGUCAUGAAUAAUCCGAAGUUUGUGAAGGCUGCCAUCAUAAAACAAGAGGAGGCUUACAAUGACAAGAUCUACUACUUCUUCCGAGAAGAAAACCCCGACUGGCCGAAGAACGCAGCCGCCCCAAGGAACGUCUCCAGGGUGGCUCAGCUGUGCAAGGGAGACAGAGGAGGCACUGGCUCCCUCUCGGCUGCCAAGUGGACCACCUUCCUGAAAUCCACCUUGCUCUGUGUCGACUCUGACAACGACCGGCACUUUAACCAGCUUCAGGACGUCUUCAUCCUGGAGUCUGCCAACUGGUCGGAGACGAGAAUCUAUGGGCUCUUCUGGAACGAGUGGGAAUAUUCCGCAGUCUGUGUCUAUUCUGUUGGUGACAUCAGUAAGGUCUUCCGAACUUCGCCUCUCAAAGACUACCACGAGAAACUCCCCCCUGUGAGGCCUGGGCAGUGUCUAGAAGGAGAACAGCAGACCCCCCACGAGACCUUCAAAGUGGCCGACAGCCAUCCUGAGGUGGCACGCAGGGUGAAGCAGGAAGACAUCUUGUUUUACAGCAAGCACCGCUACCAGCAGAUUGGUGUCCACAGAGCUCCAGCAGCUGAUGGAGGCACCUACAGCAUCCUGUACUUGGCCACAGACAAAGGAACCGUCCACAAAGUUGCUGUCUUGCCCACGGGGGCCAACAGCGUCCUGGAGAUCCAGCCUUUCCUCUCUCCUGCUGGCGUUCGGACCAUGACUCUGGACAGUGAGAGAAAGGAGCUGUUUGUAGCCUCUGAGAGUGAGGUGGUUCAGCUGCCCAUGGCUAUGUGUGGGGCAUAUAAGGACAGCUGUGAGAGCUGCAUCCUGGCGAGGGAUCCUGACUGCGGAUGGAUCAACGGGAGAUGCACUUCUGUUUAUGACCAUGACCAGCAUGGAAAUGGCACAUUGCUACAGGCUCUAACACACAAUCCUGUUACGGAUAUUUGCUCAUCUCCAAGCCACGCUAAAGGUGAUGACAACUGUGAGAUUGUGACCGUGGCACCCGGCACCCGCUAUUACCUCAACUGCUCUAUCAAAUCCCACCAUGCCACUUACACUUGGCUCCGUGACAACCAAACGGUUGCGCAUUGUGGACCUGGCCAUCGGCACUGCAUCCACUUCAUAGACAAUAUGACGGACGAGCUCUAUGGCACUUAUUCCUGCGUUUCCCAGGAGGAUUGGUUUAACCAGACCCUUGUGACAGAAUGCCUGACAAAGCCCUCCAAUGUGAAGAUGCUGCUUGAGGAGCCCAGGAAUAAGAUGGCAAAGGACUGGGCCACCCAAACAUCUUUGUCCCUCUGGCUAGGACUGUUGCAUAUGGCGGCAGUUGUCUUGCUCACCCAUUGAGGACUUGUCCUUCUGACUGCCUACCAGCACAAGUGACCAAACUGUACCUCUUUCUAGUUUGUCUUGUUCCAUCUCAGAAGUGGGUCCCUCAAUAGAUAUAAUUCUUCCCUUGGGCUUAGAAGCCACCUAUUCUCCACUUGCCUAGAGAAGUGGCAACCUGGUGGUGCAUAGUUGAUAGCAGAAUGAAGGAGAGGUUGGUGGCUGUUCUGUCUGCAGAAGCACCAAGAUCCUGAAAUCUUGAGCAGGAUGGGUCCUGCCAAAAUGAACAUGAUGAUAUGAACAUCUGGGUGAUGAAGUAGAACCAGUGCAAACAACAAUGCAUGGGGCAGCUAAUGGGGCAGAGGGUAUGGCUGAGCUGGCCCAGGGGGGCUGGUGAAGGUCCACGUCAGGCUUCUUCAAAGGCAGGCAUCAGGACCCAACACAGAGCUCAUGUGCUAAAUAAAAGUUUCCUCAGAUUGGAGAGCAAACUUUCAGGCCCAAGGUUUAUAAGACUUGACGGUCUUCUGCAUCUUUUUUUAAAUAACUGGCGUUCUGAAUGUUCUUUUGAUGUUUCUGACAUUUUCCAUGCAACGAUACAUACUCAGGAUCUCUGAACAGUUAUAAGGCAUAAUAAUGUAUAUCAGGGCAUCCCCAAUAUGCACCAAGAUCAAAGAAACAUCCUGUAGGUUCAGAUGAAGAGCCACCUAGUCUAGCAUUUGGAAGAUUCUCCAUUAGCAGUAAGUGGUCAACUGGCAAUGGACCACUGGCCUGUCAAGAGGCCACCACCUGGUCUGUCCUGCCUAGUCCCAGAUUUGCCUGCUUCUAUGCUUGUCCAUCUGGCAAGGGUGGAGAAUGGGUUGGUGCAAUUGCCUGGGCUGUGGGGUGUCAGGGACGCAGUUUCCUGCCUCAAACUGUGGGAAUGCAGUUUCCUGCCUUUCUGAUCCUGCUUCCUGGCCGGUUAACUCACAGAUGUUUGGAAAUCCUUUGUGUGAUUUCACUGGAUGAAGGAUAUUUAUUUUUAUUUAUUAUAUUUUUCUUUAAAAAAUCAGAUCCUCUUUUUGUGGGGAACAAAAUUAACAAGCCUCAGGGCCACUUGUAGGUAAAGAUGUUGGAAAGCCUUUGAAGGUGAUUUUUUGUGUGUCUUAAUUUCUGGAAGUCAGUUCAUAUAGAGAAGAAAGAGGGAGAUCCCAGGGUGUUCACAAGGCUGAGUUCUACCUCUUAUAUUGUGUACAUGUGCUUCUGAGUAAACCAGCAAUCUGGAUGUGGGUCUGUUUUUCUUCUUCCUUGUGAGGAAGCAGCGUCAUGGCUGGGGGAGCUCAGGCUGCAAUUGCUGGCAUUAAAAAGAAAAGAGGCUCCUGCCUUCUGAAACCUUAGAGAGCUGCAGCCGGUGGCUGAGAUGAUGCUGAGCAACAUGGUUUGGUGGCUGAUUACAGAGUAAGGCAGACGUCUGUUUCCUGUCUUGGUCUUCUCUGCUGGCUGGCUGGCUGGUUAGCUGCCAGCAACACCUCCAAGAGAUGGGCAAAUGAGUCUAUUUCAUUUCAACCCCCACAUUAGUCCCCCUUAUCUCUGUUCUAGCCAGUUUUGGGGAGCGGGGAAUCCACAUUUAUGUGUUUAUCUAAAUACAAACUACUGCAUAUAUUCUCUCUCUCUUCCAAACCAGAACCAGUGUGGUGUUGUGGUUAUACUGUCAAACUAGGACCUGGGAGAGACCAAGGUUUGAAUUCCCUGCUCUGCCAUCAAGCUCUCGCUGGGUGUGAUCUUGAGACAGUCACAGUAUCUCUGUCGCUAACCUACCCCACAGGGUUGCUGUGAGGAUAAAACAGGUUGGAGGGGAACUGUGUACGGCCCCUUAAAUGAAAGGUGGGGUGUAAACGAUAAAAGGAAUAAACAAAAAAUGGGGGGGCACAGAUUACUUAUUCCUGUUUUGUGCCUUCAGUUACAUCAGCAAAAAACCAAAAUAUUUAAUCUUGCAUAUAUAUUCCAAGUAUGCUUUCCUUGAUGUCAUAACCAAUGAGACUUGAAAGCUACCGACUGAAGGGUUUUGCAGUUGGGUUGUAGCUAAACAAGGAAGGUUAUUGCAUGGGCAGCAGUUGCCAAGCGAGGCUGCUGGCCGCCUCUGCCACAGGUGCAGGCAGCAGCAUCCUGACAGGUUGGGAAAACCUUCCCCAGCAGAUUAGUUUUGAGAGCAGCAACUUUGCCGGGGGAGCGUUAGCGGGGGACGUUUGAUUCGCUUUGCCUUAAACGCAAACCUACCUCGUUCACACUUCCCCAAACAGCUGUCCUUGGAAGUUUGCACUUCUCCAAAUUUUGCAGCGCAGUUCUCCAACCAAAGACAGUGUCUCUUUGGGGGGAAAGCGUGGUGAAGAUGGCAUACCCAAAAACUCUGUUAUGCUAGGGAAAUUAGCUUGCAAAAAAUGUCAAUCUGUGGAGGAAUGUAGAUGUUUGCAAUGUUCCGGACUGCCAUAGAUGAGCAUUUGGGUCACUUCCAGUGAAAGUUCUAUGAAAUGCAGGCUAAAAAGUUGAUAAAUUUUCAUGCAGACUUAAAAAAAAUAAUUGCAAAGUGAUGUAGAAAUGUAGCAAACUGAACUUUAAGACUGAAAAACUUAGGAAUGCAGGAAAAAAUGAAACUGAGAAAUGCAAAAGCCCCCGAAAGCCCCCUCUGCAUAGCAAAUGGCUUUUGGUGACUCCCUUGUCACCAGGAGCAAGGAGGCCAGUUUCUGGAUGAGGUCUAAUCUGUGCCCUCUGCCUGCUUGCCUUUGCUUUGCGCCACUGUCGAGUCACCAUCUGCGCACGACUCCCCUCAAGCGUAAACUGUGAAAUUUAAGAGUGUUCCUUUUUGGCUUAGCAAGGGAUGGUUCCGUAACUUUGCUUUCAGGCCAAGGAGACAACACUCCAUUGCACUACAAUUUUAAGAAAUGCUUUUAAGCUCCAUUCCUCUUAAUUGCAAUGAACUUUCUCCCCACCCAUGCACUUUAAAGUAGUAGGAGUUAUUAACAUAUUAACAUUACUAUUUGUAUUUUGCUUUGCAGCUGCAUUGUAGCAAAAGUAAUGUAUUUUUUUAUAUAUAAAUAAAGUUUUGUCAAAAUCAA